AUGCCAGGGGAUGGUCCGUUGAAGCUCGUGGUCCCUACAGAGUCAGUGUCCUCCUACCUGGGUGACACGGCCCUGCUGCGCUGUGAGGUGACUGGUGAUCCCAUGCCCGUGGUACGCUGGCAGAAGAACAGAGAGGACCUGCCCCUCACCUUGACACCAGAGAGCAGGGUGGUGGUACUGCCCUCUGGCUCGCUCCAGGUUAGCAAAGUCCAGCCACCAGACUCUGCCACCUACCGCUGCCUGGCAGACAACCCUGGCAGCGCCCGCACCGGCAGCGACGCAGACCUACGUGUGUUGCCAGAACCCGGAACCACCAGGGGCCUUCUGUUUCUCCAGAAACCCCAGAGAGUCACCUCCCUCCUGGGGAGAGAUGCCGUGUUGGAGUGCUCCGCCUCUGGGUUCCCCACCCCCGCCUUCCACUGGAUGAGAGGAGCCGAGAGGAUACAGAGCAGGUCUAAGAAGUACUCCCUGCUGGGCGGCAGUAACCUCCUGAUCAGCAGCGUAACGGACGACGACUCAGGCUCCUACAGCUGUGUGGCGUUUAACAAGAACCAGAACAUCACCGCUUCCUGCGAGCUGUCCGUCCUCGUGCCACCCCAGUUCCUGAACUACCCCACCAACACGUAUUCCUAUGAGAGUACGGACAUGGAGCUGGAGUGUGCUGUAACGGGGAACCCUCCUCCCACGGUGCGUUGGAUGAAGAACGGAGAGGAGGUCAUCCCCAGUGACUACUUCCAGAUCGUUGAUGGCAGUAACCUCCAGAUCCUUGGUCUGGUGAAGUCAGAUGAAGGUUUCUAUCAGUGUGUGGCUGAGAAUGAAGCAGGGAACGCCCAGGCUAUGGCCCAGCUCAUACUGAGAGAGCCAGAACCAGUAGCCAGCCCAACACCAGCUCCUCAGGUCCCUAGCCCUGAGUCCCCUACUUCUUUGACUUACUCCUCUCCUCCCCCACCAGUUGUCCCCAGCUCAGGUGUCCUCCUCCCCUCUGCUCCCCGUGACGUGGUCCCUGUCCUAGUUUCCAGCCGUUUUGUCCGCCUCAGCUGGCGUCCCCCGCAGGAGACCAGAGGAACUGUCCAGACUUACGGCAUCUACUACUCCCAGGACACGGUCAGCAGGGAGAGGUCUGUGAACGUGUCGGAGCCAGAGACCCUCCAGAUGACUGUCAGUAACCUGAAGCCAGAGGAGACCUACUCCUUCAGAGUGGUGGCCUACAACGACAACGGCCCUGGCGAGAGAUCCGAGACACUCAAACUCACCACGCAGCCUGAGUUGCAGGUCCCCGGGCCGGUGGAGAACCUCCAGGUAGGGUCCAUCUCUCCCACCUCCAUCCAGGCCUCCUGGGAUGCUCCAGGCUACGCCAACGGGCCCCUGCUGGGGUACAGACUGCUCUGGACCGAGACACCCGCUGGGAAGGAACAGAGUGUGGAGGUGAACGGGCAGAGUUAUAAGAUGGAGGGGCUGAAGAAAUUCACAGAGUACUCGUUGCGUGUCUUGGCAUUGAACCGUUAUGGCCCUGGGGUCACCACAGAGGACAUGAGCAUCACCACGCUAUCUGAUGUGCCAAGUGCUCCACCACAAAACAUCUCCUUGGAAGUCGUCCUCUCAAGAAGCAUUAAGGUGAGCUGGCAGCCCCCUCCUCCCAACAGCCAGAACGGGUUCAUCACCGGCUACAAGCUCCGACACCGGAAGACUGGCCGACGAGGAGACCAGGAGGCCAUCGAACCUAACAACUUCUGGUACCUGUUCACAGGGCUGGAGAAAGGCAGUCAGUACAGUUUCCAGGUCUCUGCCAUGACAGCUAACGGCACGGGCCCGGCCAGUGAGUGGUUCACUGCCGAGACGCCAGAGAAUGACCUUGACGAGAGCCAAGUCCCGAAUCAACCAAGUUCCCUCCACGUUCGACCCCUACCCAACAGCAUCAUCAUGAGCUGGACUCCUCCCCUCAACCCCAACAUCUUAGUACGGGGCUACAUCAUUGGCUACGGAGUAGGAAGUCCCUAUGCCGAGACGGUCAGGGUGGACAGUAAGCAGCGAUACUACGCCAUAGAAAACCUGGAGCCCAGUUCCCACUAUGUCAUCUCCCUGAAAGCCUUCAACAAUGCAGGAGAAGGGGUCCCCCUGUACGAGAGCGCUGUGACCAGAUCUAUAACAGGUAAGUACGGCACUAAGUUAGCUAGCUAA